UCACGAAUGAUGGAACAAGGACAGAGUCCAGGGGAAGGCUGGCUCCCGACGUUCUGAAUUCUGGGAUUUUUUUUUUUUAUUUGAUUUUUUUUUUUUUUUUUUUUUUUUUUUUUUCCUUUUUCAUCACUUUCACUCCGGGUCGCCGUGGCCCGCCGCGUCCUCCCCCCAAGGCGACACCGUGGGACGCGCUGUGUCUUUCCUGCUGCUCAAUGGUUUCUGCUUUAAGCCAAAGGGCCGCCCGUCGUUUCCCUGAGGAUGUCUUCCAGCUCGGACCCUGGGGACUCGCGAGACUCCCUGAAGCACGGACGUGUGCCUGUGGUGUCUCAGUUUAAGAUGGUGAAUUACUCCUACGACGAGGACCUGGAGGAGCUGUGCCCCGUGUGCGGAGACAAAGUGUCCGGCUACCACUACGGGCUCCUCACCUGUGAGAGCUGCAAGGGCUUUUUUAAGCGGACGGUCCAGAACAACAAGAGGUACACGUGUAUAGAGAACCAGAGCUGUCAGAUUGACAAAACCCAGAGAAAGCGCUGUCCCUACUGUCGGUUUCAGAAAUGCCUGAGCGUGGGGAUGAAGCUAGAAGCGGUCAGGGCCGACCGAAUGCGCGGAGGACGGAAUAAAUUCGGGCCCAUGUACAAGCGGGACCGCGCCCUGAAGCAGCAGAAGAAGGCCCUCAUCCGCGCGAACGGACUGAAGCUGGAGGCCAUGUCCCAGGUGAUCCAGGCGAUGCCGCCCGAGCUGAGCCUCACCUCCGCCAUCCAGAACAUGCACUCGGCCUCCAAGGGCCUCCCCCUGAGCCACGCCGCCCUGCCGCCCACGGACUACGACCGCAGCCCCUUCGUCACCUCCCCCAUCAGCAUGGCCAUGCCCCCGCCGCACGGCAGCAGCCUGCAAGGCUACCCCCCCUACGGCCCCUUCCCCAGCCGGGCCAUCAAGUCCGAGUACCCCGACCCCUACACCAGCUCGCCCGAGUCCCUCAUGGGCUACCCCUACGUGGACGGCUACCAGACCGGCUCCCCGGCCAGCGUCCCGCACCUGAUCCUGGAACUGCUCAAGUGCGAGCCCGACGAGCCGCAGGUGCAGGCCAAGAUCACGGCCUACCUGCAGCAGGAGCAGGCCAGCCGGGGCAAGCACGAGAGGCUGAGCACCUUCGGGCUCAUGUGCAAGAUGGCAGACCAGACGCUCUUCUCCAUCGUCGAGUGGGCCCGGAGCAGCGUCUUCUUCCGGGAGCUUAAGGUGGACGACCAGAUGAAGCUGCUGCAGAACUGCUGGAGCGAGCUGCUCAUCUUGGACCACCUCUUCCGGCAGGUGGUCCACGGCAAGGACGGCUGCAUCGCCCUGGUCACCGGGCAGCAGGUGAGGCGGGCGCCCAGCCGGCGUCUUCGUCCGAAGCACGUUCCCAGCCGCAGGGCUGCCUCGGGGCCCUGGGCCCCCACGUGCUUGGAAAGGGCGGACGGCGGCGGCCACGCCCAGGACCUCGUGGCCAAGCUGCGCUCCCUGCAGUUCGACCAGCGGGAGUUCGUGUGUCUGAAGUUCCUGGUGCUCUUCAGUUUAGAUGUGAAAAGCCUGGAGAACCUGCAGCUGGUGGAGGGGGUGCAGGAGCAGGUGCACGCGGCGCUGCUGGACUACACGGUGUGCAACUACCCGCAGCAGGCGGAGAAGUUCGGCCAGCUGCUGCUGCGGCUGCCGGAGAUCCGGGCGCUCAGCCUGCAGGCCGAGGAGUACCUGUACUACAAGCACCUGAACGGCGACGUGCCCUACAACAACCUGCUCAUCGAGAUGCUGCACGCCAAGCGGGCCUGAGCGCGGCCCGGGGCCCCCGCUUUCCGGACGGAGCGAGACGGGUGUGGGGAGGGGAGAGCGGACGACAACCAGGAGGGAGAGGUGCUCUGGGCUGCUCCACGCCGCACCCAGGAGAGCCUUGGGGGGAAGGGACCGCGUCUAGGAGAAGGCACCCUCGUCCCGUGCCGGACGGCAGCUGAAGGCAGCAUCAGGGUCCUCGUGUUGGAAACUGUGAACCCAUAGCUCCGCGGCCUGGGAGACGCGGUCGGGCCGCGGGCAGGACUCCCCCACGGACGCCGGCCCCGUGGCAGAGCGACCUCGGACCGAACGAUUCUCGUAUAUUCACACUGAUCUCCGCGGUGAAGCGGUGGAGGGACUGCCGGGCGUCGGACACGGGGCGCACCCGGCAGCGAUCGGAGCCUACAGCACCCCUGCCCGGCCCCGCGCACCUGAGACAACAACUCCCCAAAGCCUAUCAGCUGCACCUGGGACAGUCCCUCCCGUCCCCGGCAAGAACCCAGCACCUUCUGUCCUGCGAUCCAUCCAUCCAUCCAUCCAUCCAUCGAGGAAUCUAUGCUAAGGACCCAGCCAUGCCCACUGGCCGCUCCCCGAACCCUGACAACGCUCAGAUGUCCGUGUCUGAGACCUGCCCACCGCGCGUGAGAACCGUCCGUGAACGUGUCGGCCGGUCAUGCCUCACGCGUUCUGGUUUGUCUGGUCUUGUGUUCACAAUGUU